AUGCUUAGUGAGGAGCGGAAGCGUAGGAUGAAUUAUGUGUUCCUGAGGCAGUGUUUGGAGAGCCGCCCAUUCACUCCAAUCCAGCAGCAGUGGUUGGACUCCAUUGUUUCCAGAGUCCCACCGAAACUUAAAGAUAGCCCUGAGACAAAUAAACUGCUACAGGAGCUCUGCGUGGAAGUCAGCAAUGACUUCCGCAAUGUUAUUGUCAAGCACACAGUGGACACAGUACUAAGGAAUCCGCAGAUAGAGGGAUCUAUCUCAGAAAAACAGACAGCUACCCAAACAAAAAUUCUUGAUUUUUCCCAGCCUUGGCAUGAUUGCUUUAUCAGAAGCCGGAAGAUGAUAAAAACAAAUUUGCACAUUCUUCAUCCGGUGAUGAAAACUGUCUUGGACAUUGGCCACAUGACAUUUUCUCCACUGAUCCUGGUUGAUGUUUCACGAUGCAGGGCUUCAGGACCGGUGGAUUGUAAGAGCCUACAGAAUAAAAUGGCUGUGAUGUGUAAGAGGACGGAGGAUCGUAUCAUGAAUACCUGGUUCCCCAAAGUCAUCCACUUACUUACAAGUAAAGAAACCCUGAAAGGAGUUAAAGAGGAGAAAUUGGACUCCUUCUAUGAUUGUGCAUCCACGCUCAUCUCCAAUCAGUUGAAAUCCCUUCUUCAGAAAAGUGUUGAGGAGUUUGUUAGUCUGUUUGAUCCAAGCCAUCACCACCGGUUGCCCCUCUUCCGUAUGGCCUUGACAUUUGAUGAUGAAAAGAUGGAAAUUUACCCCACCUUACAAGACCUGGAGGCUGCUGUUUUUGAGAUUCUCAAUGCCAUCACAAAUACACUGCAGAAAGUACAGACGGUCCAGUCAUGGUUAACACAAGCCACAUCUUCAUUUGUGGAUGCUAAGGUGGCUGAUCACAUCCUUGCUUGGGCUCAGGCCACUUUAAAGGCCGCUGUGCGCAAGAAUCUCGAAGAACCUGACAAACAUUUCCAGAGUUACGUCGACAACUACGACUGGCUAGUCAAUGGUAGUGCUCAGACUCGAGUGGAGAUGUUCAUGAGAGAGGAGCACUCUUUUGAUGAGUACACUAAGCAAGUGGAGGAGUUUCGUGCUCUGUCAAAGGAGAUUAUCAGCCUCCCAGCAAAAGCCCACUUCACAAUGGUCCAUCUGGACUGUGAAGAACUGAAACAAGGGCUGGCCAACAAAGCCAAAACGUAUGCAGAAAUACUUCUGAAGAAAAUGAUCACCAGCCACCGUGAGCGAAAUCUACAGAUCUGCUCUGAAUUUGAAACUAUCAGAGAGAAAGCUCUGAAGGUUCCAGAGAAUACAGAGGACAUGACUCAAAUGGUUGACUACAUAAAUUUCACUAAGACGACAGGUAUUGCAGAACUGAAUGAAAAAAUAAAGGACGCCUUCUGCAGGGUGAUCUACCUCUUAGAUGUCCAGAUCAUUGAGCCAGAGGAUCUGGAACUUAAUUCGACUGUCUUUCUCUGGCCAAAAAACAUCCACCAUUUCUUCGAACUUAAUGAAGAGGUGAUGCAGACAGCCAAGCAGAAAGGGGAGCAGGAGCUGCUGGCUAAAAGAGAAAGAUUAAUGGUACAUUUGGAGAAGUUGGGACGCAGAACAGAGCAGUUCCCACACUGCUCUGAGCUGGAUAUGAUGCAGCAGUAUGUUUCAGAUGUCAGAACAGUUCAGAAACUUCUCCAGGAUGCUAAGGACACAAUUGACUUCAUUAACAAAGAAGAGGCCUUCUACAAAUGGGACCAAACAUGUUACCCAGAAGUUGAAGUCAUUAGAGAGAACAUUGAACCGUACCAGAAGCUGUUUGGAUUUGUACUGAAGUGGCAGCGCACGGAGAACAGAUGGAUGGAUGGGUGCUUCCAAGACCUAGAUGGCGAGAGCAUGGAGGUAAAAGUGGAUGAGUUCUUUAGGGAGAUUUUCAAGAUGCUGAAGUUUUUCCAACAGAAACAGAAUAAGGCCGAGCAAGAGAUGGAGAAGAUUGCUGGGAAGACUAGGCGACGACCUAGUGAAGACAAUCCAAGGAAGCAAGAGAACCCCAUAAUACUUUUGUGCUCCGCUGUAAUGGAGCAGAUCAAAGAGUUCAAGGACCAUAUCCCUGUAGUGUCCAUCUUGUGUAAUCCAGGCAUCAGAGCCCGCCACUGGGGCCAGAUGUCAAACAUAGUGGGGUAUGACCUCACUCCUCACUCUGGUACUACACUACGAAAAGUUCUCAAACAAAACCUGAAUCCUUACCUGGAAGAGUUUGAGUCAAUCAGCGCUGCUGCUAGUAAAGAGUUUUCCUUGGAGAAGGCAAUGCAAACCAUGGUGCAUAUUUGGGAUGGUAUUUCUUUCCACCACCAACCUUACAGGGAGACAGGAGUGUCUAUCCUGACUGCCUUGGAUGAGAUUCAGACAAUGCUAGAUGACCAGAUUGUGAAGACUCAGACUAUGAGGGGCUCACCAUUCAUCAAACCCUUUGAAAAUGAGAUCAAGCUUUGGGAGGAGCGUCUGCUUCGUAUUCAGGAAACCAUAGAUGAGUGGCUGAGGGUGCAGGCCCAGUGGCUUUACUUGGAGCCCAUCUUCUCAUCCCAGGACAUAAUGCAGCAGAUUCCGGAAGAGGGACGACUUUUCCAAACUGUUGACAAAAACUGGAAAGAGGUCAUGAGUCACUGCGUUAAGGACCCUAAGAUUCUGCCAGCAACAUCGCUGCCUGGUCUGCUAGAAAAACUUCAAGAUUCCAACAACCUCCUCGAUAGCAUCAUGAAAGGACUGAAUGCCUACCUGGAGAAGAAACGUCUCUUUUUUCCACGGUUCUUCUUUUUGUCCAAUGAUGAAAUGCUGGAGAUUCUGUCUGAGACCAAGGACCCACUGCGAGUACAGCCCCAUCUGAAGAAGUGCUUUGAGGGCAUUUCCAAACUGGACUUCCUCCCCAAUCUGGAUAUCCAGGCCAUGUAUAGCAGUGAAGGGGAGCGAGUUCAACUAAUCCAGCACAUCUCCACAUCUGAAGCCAAAGGAGCCGUGGAAAAGUGGUUGGUGCAGGUGGAGGAUAUGAUGCUUCGCAGUGUCAGAGAUGUAGUGGCCCGGUCCAGGGUGGCUUAUGCUGAGACUGCGCGAAGCCAGUGGGUCAAGGACUGGCCUGGGCAGGUGGUGCUUUGCACCUCCCAGAUUUUCUGGACAUUGGAGGUGCAUGAAGCCAUUAGAUCAGGGACUGAAGGUUUAAAGAACUACUAUCAGCAACUCCAGAAUCAGCUGAAGGACAUUGUGGAGCUGGUGAGAGGGAAACUGCCCAAACAAACACGGAUCACUUUGGGAGCACUGGUCACAAUUGAUGUCCAUGCCAGGGAUGUGGUCAUGGAGCUUAUUGAUAAAGGUGUAUCACAUGAAACCGACUUCCAGUGGCUAGCCCAGCUGCGUUAUUACUGGAGCAAUGAUAAUGUUCGUGUUCGCAUAAUCAACUGUGAUGUUAAAUACGCCUAUGAGUACUUGGGGAACUCACCACGUCUGGUCAUCACUCCACUGACUGACAGAUGCUACCGAACCCUGAUUGGAGCUUUCUACCUGAAUUUGGGUGGUGCACCUGAGGGUCCCGCUGGAACCGGAAAGACUGAAACCACCAAAGAUCUGGCCAAAGCUCUAGCUGUGCAGUGUGUGGUCUUCAAUUGCUCUGAUGGACUGGAUUACAUCGCUAUGGGCAAAUUUUUUAAAGGUCUGGCUUCAUCAGGUGCAUGGGCAUGCUUUGAUGAGUUCAACCGUAUUGAGCUGGAGGUGCUGUCUGUAGUGGCCCAGCAGGUGCUCUGCAUCCAGAGGGCCGUCGAGCAGAAGCUGGAGUACUUUGACUUUGAAGGGACUAUGCUCAAACUCAAUCCCAACUGCUUUGUGUCCAUAACAAUGAACCCCGGCUACGCAGGACGCUCAGAACUCCCAGACAACCUCAAGGUGUUGUUCCGAACAGUGGCCAUGAUGGUCCCCAACUACGCACUGAUAGCAGAAAUCUCCCUGUAUUCAUAUGGCUUCCUCAAUGCCAAACCACUGUCUGUAAAGAUUGUGAUGACCUACAGGCUCUGUUCUGAGCAGCUCUCAUCCCAGUUCCAUUAUGAUUACGGAAUGAGGGCUGUCAAAGCUGUACUUGUGGCUGCAGGAAACCUCAAGCUCAAGUUUCCUGAUGAGAAUGAGGACAUACUGCUCCUGAGGUCCAUAAAGGAUGUUAAUGAGCCCAAGUUUCUCUCCCAUGAUAUACCACUAUUCAAUGGGAUCACCAGUGAUUUGUUCCCAGGCAUCUCCCUCCCUGAAGCUGACUAUCAGCUGUUUCUAGAGGCUGCUACAGAGUGCUGUAAAAAUCACAACAUACAACCAACAGAAGUCUUCUUACAAAAGAUGAUUCAGACAUAUGAGAUGAUGAUAGUCAGGCAUGGUUUCAUGCUGGUGGGAGAGCCCUUUGCUGGAAAGACCAAAGUGCUGCACGUGCUAGCUGAUACUCUAACUCUCAUGAACGAGAGAGGGUAUGGUGAAGAAGAGAAGAUCAUCUUCAGGACAUUGAAUCCAAAGUCCAUCACCAUGGGACAGCUCUUUGGACAGUUUGAUCUAGUUUCUCAUGAGUGGACAGAUGGGAUUGUGGCCAACACAUUCCGUGAAUUUGCAUCAGCUGAAACACCAGACCGUAAAUGGGUGGUGUUUGAUGGUCCCAUAGAUACACUGUGGAUUGAGAGCAUGAACACUGUGCUGGAUGACAACAAAAAGUUGUGUCUGAUGAGUGGUGAGAUCAUCCAGAUGUCCAGUCAGAUGAGUCUGAUUUUUGAAGCAAUGGAUCUAUCACAGGCCUCUCCUGCCACAGUCAGCCGAUGUGGUAUGAUCUACAUGGAGCCAUCUCAGUUGGGCUGGGAACCCUUAGUGAUCUCCUGGUUGAACUCUCUUCCUGAUGCUCUGCAGAGCCCAAACAACUGCUCCCUGCUGCUGGAGCUCUUCCACUGGCUCCUGCCACCUGCCCUCAGGAUGCUGCGUAAACACUGCAGAGUAAGCGAUUCCAGUGCCCUGAACAAUCCACGCACAAAUAUCUGUAGAACAUUUCGAAGUUUAUGUUUAUUUAUAUACAAAACACAGAAGUUUUGUCAUGCCUGAUUACGGUUUUGUUUGCAGGAGGUUGCAGCUUUUGGCUUCUCCCUGGUGUGGUCUGUGGGUGGCAGCUGUGAUGCAGACAGCAGAGAGAAGUUCAGUGAGUUCUUCAGGGUGGCUGUUUCAGGAAAAACAGAAGAAUACCCAAUCCCUGCCACUGUGGGAAAAUGGGAGUGUCCCAUGGAUGACAAAGGCCUGGUGUAUGACUAUUUUUAUGAGUUCAAUGGAAAAGGCCGCUGGAUUCAAUGGAAUGAUCUCAUUAAGAAUGUCAACCUAGGGGACAAGAACACCAAAGUGCAAGAGAUCAUUGUUCCCACCAUAGACACUGUCCGUUACACCUACCUCUUGGACCUCUGCAUCAGCUACAGAGUGCCUCUUCUGUUUGUUGGUACUACUGGCACUGGAAAGUCAGUGUAUGUGAAGGACAAAUUGAUGAACAAUCUGGACAAAGACCUAUAUUUACCCUUUUUCAUCAAUUUUUCAGCCCGCACUACUGCCAACCAAACCCAGAAUAUCAUCAUGUCCAGGUUAGAUAAGAGAAGGAAGGGGGUGUUUGGGCCCCCCAUGGGAAAGAAGUGUGUCAUCUUUGUGGAUGACAUGAAUAUGCCUGCACUGGAACAGUUUGGAGCACAGCCUCCUGUGGAGCUUCUUCGACAGUACAUGGACCACGGAAACUGGUAUGAUCUGAAGGAUACCUCCAAGAUCACUCUUGUUGACCUCCAGCUCGUCUCAGCUAUGGGUCCCCCUGGUGGUGGGAGGAAUGCAGUUACAUCUCGCUUUCUGCGCCAUUUCAACAUUUUUAGCAUUAAUCCCUUCAGUGAUGACACCAUGGUUCGCAUCUUCUCCAGUGUGGUGUCCUUCUAUCUCAAAAAUAACCAAUUCCCACCUGAAUGUUUCACUAUUGGCAACCAAAUAGUGACAGCUACCAUGGAAGUAUAUAAAAAAGCCAUGAAGAACCUGCUUCCAACUCCAGCCAAGUCUCACUACACCUUCAACCUGCGGGACUUCUCACGCAUUAUCCAAGGCUGCCUGUUGCUGAAGAAGGAGUCUCUGGAGAACAAACGUACUAUGAUACGCUUGUUUGUCCACGAGGUCUUCCGUGUCUACUAUGACCGGCUGGUGGAUGACAAAGAUCGAGCAUGGCUCUACCAGCUGAUGAACAGCAUCCUCAAAGAUCACUUCAAAGAGUCCUUUGAUCAGGUGUUUGAUCACCUAAAACAAGGCCGUAAACUGGUUGAGGAAGACAUGCGGAAUCUUCUGUUUGGUGACUAUAUGAACCCUGACUUGGAGGAUGAUGAGCGCCUGUAUGCUGAGGUGCCUUCAAUGGAAAGCUUUGCUCAGGUGGUGACGUCGUGUCUUGAUGAAUACAACCAGAUGCACAAAAAUCGCAUGAACCUUGUCAUCUUCCGCUACGUCCUAGAACACCUGUCCCGUAUCAGCCGUGUGUUAAAGCAGCCAGGAGGCAAUGCCCUGCUUGUGGGAGUGGGAGGCAGUGGACGCCAGUCCAUCACCCGUCUGGCUACGUCCAUGGCCCACAUGACCAUGUUCCAGCCUGAGAUCUCUAAGAGCUAUGGCAUGACUGAGUGGAGAGAUGAUCUUAAGAUGCUGCUGAAAAAUGCUGGGGUGAAAGGUCAGAAGACGGUGUUCUUGCUAACUGACGCUCAGAUCAAAGAUGAGGCUUUUCUAGAAGAUGUGGACAGUGUCCUGAACACAGGAGAAGUGCCCAAUCUGUUUGCCAUAGAUGAGAAGCAAGAGAUUAUGGAGGCAGUACGCCCCAUUGCCCAGGCUGGUAAUAAGAAUUUGGAGUUGAGCCCACUGACUCUGUUUGCAUUCUUUGUUGCACGCUGCAAAGAGAACCUGCAUAUUAUUGUGGCCUUCAGUCCCAUUGGGGAUGCCUUUCGAAAUCGCCUGCGCCAGUUUCCAUCUCUUAUCAACUGCUGUACCAUCGACUGGUUCCAGCCAUGGCCAGAGGAGGCUCUUGAGCGAGUAGCCAACUCCUUUCUGGAGUCGCUGGAGAUGAGUGAAAAUGAGAGGCAGCAGGUCAUACCUAUCUGCAAAACAUUCCAUACCUCUGCCAAACAGCUCUCACAGAGAUUCCUCUUGGAGCUUGGCCGCCAUAAUUAUGUGACACCCACAUCCUACCUGGAGCUGAUAGCAGCUUUCCGUCUGCUACUCACUCAGAAAAGAGACACUGUCAUGAAGGCUAAACAGAGGUAUACCAACGGUCUGGAUAAACUAGCCUUCGCUGAAUCUCAGGUGGGUGAGAUGAAAAAAGAACUGGUAGACCUACAGCCCAAGCUGGAGCAGGCAAAAAUAGACAACACGAAAAUGAUGAAGGUUAUUGAAGUGGAGUCUGUGGAGGUAGAAGCCAAAAGCAAAGUUGUGCGUGUUGAUGAAGAGGCAGCAACUAUAAAAGCCAAUGAGGCUCAGGCUCUGAAGAACGAGUGUGAGAGCGACUUGGCUGAGGCUAUCCCUGCCCUGGAAGCUGCUCUCUCUGCCUUGGACACUUUGAAGCCCUCUGAUGUCACAAUUGUGAAGUCGAUGAAAAAUCCACCUUCAGGGGUGAAGCUGGUGAUGUCAGCUGUGUGUGUUAUGAAGGACAUAAAGCCAGAUAAGAUAGCUGACCCAGCUGGGUCUGGAAAAAAGGUUUUGGACUAUUGGGGUCCAAGCAAGAAGCUACUGGGGGAUAUGAACUUCUUACGAGAUCUUAGAGAAUAUGACAAGGACAAUAUUCCUGUCCCUGUGAUGCAAAAAAUCCGUAGUGAGUACAUGACUAAUCCUGACUUUGACCCCAGUAUAGUGGCAAAAGCCUCCUCUGCAGCAGAGGGCCUGUGCAAGUGGAUAAAAGCAAUGGAGGUGUAUGACAGGGUGGCAAAGGUUGUGGCUCCUAAAAAGGCCAAUCUUGCAGAGGCCCAGGAGUCCCUGGCUGCUACCAUGGCCCUGCUGGACCAGAAAAGAGCCGAGCUAAAGGAGGUCGAGGACCGUUUAGCUGCUCUUCAAAAAACUUUUGAGGAGAAGACAGAGGAGAAGGCUCAGCUGGAAUUCCAAGUGGAUUUGUGUGCCAGGAAGUUGGAGAGGGCUGAGAAACUCAUUGGUGGUCUGGGUGGAGAGAAGACCAGAUGGUCUAAGGCAGCAGAUGACUUGCAGAACACAUAUGACAACCUGACUGGUGAUGUUCUCAUCUCUGCUGGUGUCAUCGCCUACCUUGGGGCUUUCACUGCUGGCUUCAGACAGGACUGCACCAAGUUAUGGACCAAACUCUGCCAAUCUAAGAACAUUCCAUCAUCAGAUGACUUCUCUCUCAGUAAUACCCUGGGAGAUCUGAUUAAAAUCAGGGCUUGGAACAUUGCAGGCCUUCCCAGUGACUCUUUCUCUAUUGACAAUGGUGUCAUUGUCAGUAAUUCACGUAGAUGGCCCUUGAUGAUUGACCCUCAGGGCCAGGCCAACAAGUGGGUGAAGAAUUCAGAGAAAGACAACAACCUGAGUGUAAUCAAACUGACAGACGCGGACUACAUGAGAACUUUGGAAAACUGUAUUCAAUUUGGAACACCACUGCUGCUGGAAAAUGUGGGAGAGGAGCUAGACCCUUCACUAGAACCACUGCUGCUCAAACAAACCUUCAAACAAGGCGGUGUGGAUUGCAUCAGGCUGGGGGAGAGUGUGAUUGAGUACUCCUGUGAUUUCCGUUUCUACAUCACCACAAAGCUGAGGAAUCCUCACUACCUGCCAGAACUGGCCACCAAGGUGUCGCUGCUCAAUUUCAUGAUCACCCCAGAAGGCCUGGAGGACCAGCUGCUGGGGAUUGUGGUUGCCAAGGAGAGGCCAGAACUGGAGGAGGAGAGAAAUGCACUAAUCCUGCAGUCGGCUGCCAAUAAGAGGCAGCUGAAGGAAAUUGAGGAUAAAAUCCUUGAAACUCUGCAGUCUUCUGAGGGAAAUAUCCUGGAGGAUGAGAGUGCCAUACAGAUUCUGGACUCCGCUAAAAUCAUGUCCAAUGAGAUUACCAAGAAACAGCAGAUUGCAGAAAAGACAGAGAUCAAAAUAGCAGAGUCCAGAGAGGGAUACAGAGCCAUUGCCAAGCACUCUUCCAUCCUGUUCUUCAGCAUUGCUGAUCUGACCAACAUAGAUCCCAUGUACCAGUACUCUCUGAGCUGGUUUGUCAACCUCUACAUUAAUUCUAUACAAGACAGUAACAAGUCUAAGAUCCUGGAGAGGAGGCUUCGAUACCUGAUCGAUCACUUCACCUAUAACCUGUACUGCAACGUCUGUCGCUCUCUGUUUGAGAAGGAUAAACUCCUCUUCUCCUUCCUCCUCUGCUGCAAUCUACUCCUAGCAAAAGAAGAGAUUGAAUACUCUGACUUCAUGUUCUUGCUGACUGGAGGAGUGGGCCUGCAGAACACCAUUGCUAACCCCGACCCCAGCUGGCUACAGGACAAGAGCUGGGAUGAGAUCUGUCGAGCCAGUGAGCUGCCCGGCUUACAAGGAAUAAAAGAGGCUUUCAUCAAGAGUCCAGCGGACUUCAAGCCUAUUUAUGACAGCAAAGAGCCAUGCGACAUUCUUCUGCCCACACCAUGGUGUGAACAACUCAAUGACCUGCAGAAAAUUAUCAUUGUUCGCUGUCUGAGGCCUGAUAAAAUAGUGCCAGCUGUGACUAAAUAUGUGACUGGCAAACUGGGGAAGAAAUUUGUACAGCCCCCUCCCUUUGACCUGAGCAAGAGCUACCUGGACUCCAACUCCGCCAUCCCUCUCGUGUUUGUCCUGUCUCCAGGAGCUGAUCCCAUGGCUAGCUUACUGAAGUUUGCCAGUGACAAGAACAUGGGCAGUGCCAAGUUCCAGUCAAUCUCUCUGGGACAGGGCCAGGGCCCCAUCGCUGCUAAAAUGAUAUCCACAGCCAUGCAGGAUGGGACAUGGGUGUGUUUACAGAAUUGUCAUCUGGCUGUUUCCUGGAUGUCCACCCUAGAGAAAAUCUGUGAGGACUUAAGUCCAGAAACGUGCCACCCUGACUUCCGCCUUUGGCUUACAAGCUACCCUUCACCCAAGUUUCCAGUUACCAUCCUGCAGAAUGGGGUGAAAAUGACAAACGAGCCUCCCACAGGACUCAGACUCAACCUACUUCAGUCUUACUUGUCAGAUCCUGUUUCUGACCCUAACUUCUUCAAUAACUGCACCAAUAAGGAGCUGAUCUGGGAAAAGCUCCUGUAUGGACUGUGCUUCUUCCAUGCUCUUGUUCAGGAGAGAAAGAAGUUUGGUCCACUGGGCUGGAAUAUUCCCUAUGGCUUCAAUGAGUCUGACCUCCGUAUAAGCAUCAGACAGCUACAGCUGUUUGUGAACGAAUAUGAUGAGGUGCCCUUCGAGGCCAUAACGUAUCUGACCGGGGAGUGCAACUAUGGUGGCCGUGUGACAGACGACUGGGAUAGGCGGCUCUUGAUGACCAUCUUGGCAGAUUUCUACAACAAGGAUGUCAUUGAGAAACCUCGCUACCCUUUCUCACCUAGUGGCGAAUACUUUGCCCCACCUAAAUCUAUCUUUGAAGACUACAUUGAAUUCAUCAAGCAACUUCCAUUCAGCCAGCAUCCAGAGGUGUUUGGGAUGCAUGAAAAUGUGGACAUUUCUAAAGAUCUCCAGCAGACGAAGCUGCUGUUUGAUUCACUGCUACUCACCCAGGGAGGUGGUGCUAAGGGAGGUAGUAGCUCUGGGGGUGACAACACGCUGUACGAUAUAGCGAAUGACAUCCUUACCCAGCUUCCAGCUAAUUUUGACACAGAAGCAGCUCUCCUGAAGUUCCCUGUGCGCUAUGAGGAGAGUAUGAACACUGUGCUCGUCCAAGAAAUGGAGCGCUACAACACGCUGUGUAGUGCAAUCCGUGUGAGUCUACAGAACCUGCUGAAGGCCAUUAAGGGUUUUGUGGUGAUGGAUGCAGAGCUGGAGGCAGUUGCAGGCAGUCUGACGGUGGGAAAGGUCCCAGAAAAAUGGGCCAAGUGCUCUUACCCCAGCCUCAAACCCUUGGGCAGCUAUGUUUCUGACUUUCUCUCUAGACUGAAGUUUUUGCAGCAAUGGUAUGACACCUGUAAGCCUAACGUGUUCUGGCUGUCAGGCUUCUUCUUCACCCAGGCCUUUCUAACUGGGGCUAUGCAGAACUACGCCAGGAAAUACCAUGUCCCCAUUGACCUGCUAGGUUUUGAUUUUGAGGUUCUUCCUAUCAAUGAGUCAGACACAUCACCUGAGGAUGGUGUUUAUAUUAAUGGAUUGUUUCUGGACGGAGCUCGAUGGGACACAGGGAGUGGAGUUCUGGCUGAGCAGCACCCCAAAAUCCUAUUUGACUUCAUGCCAAUCAUCUGGAUAAAACCUAAUCAAAAGAAGAGCAUCGACCAGCCUCAAAAACUGUAUGUUUGCCCUCUCUACAAGACCAGUGAGAGGAAGGGCACCCUCUCUACCACAGGUCACUCCACCAAUUUUGUCAUUUCCAUGAUGUUGCUCACCAGCAGGCCCCCUCAACAUUGGAUCAAGCGCGGUGUGGCCAUGCUCUGCCAGCUGGAUGACUGAAUUGGUCGACACACUGUUGAAGACUGAGGCACUUUUCUGUGGCACAUAAAACACAGAGGCUUUGUUGGAUUCUCAUUUCCUUAACUAUGCAAAAUUAAGCAUAAUCUUUGUUUCUUACCAACAAAUAUGAGUUUCAAAACUAUGGAUAGAGCAUGAAUAUGGAUUUUCUCCCAAAAAAGUAAAAAUUAAAGACUUGAAAUUAUAUAUGUCUAAUUAUAUAUAAUACACGAGGAUGGCAACAUGCACAUCUCAGUCCUCAGUAGGUCAAAGCAAAAAUGUAAAAACAAAAACUGCACUGAUUCUAAUAAAUUUAACAA